CCUCCCACCUGAGAGAGCUGGACCUGAGCUACAACCAUCCAGGAGACUCAGGAGUGAAGCUGCUGUCUGAUGGACUUGAGGAUCCUCACUGGAGACUGGAGACUCUCAGGGUGGAGCCUGCUGGAGUCCGAUGGAUGACACCAGGUCUGAGGAAGUAUUCCUGUGAACUCACAAUCGACACAAACACAGUUCACAGAGAACUCAAACUGUCUCACAACAACAGGAAGGUGACACGUGUGGAGGAGGUUCAGUCACAUCCUGAUCAUCCAGACAGAUUUGACUACUGGUCUCAGCUGCUGUGUAGAACUGGUCUGACUGGUCGCUGUUACUGGGAGGUCGAGUGGAGAGGAUACGUUGAAGUAUCAGUGAGUUACAGAGGAAUCAAGAGGAAAGGAAACAGUAGAGACUGUUUGUUUGGAUACAAUGAUCAGUCCUGGAUUCUGAGAUGCUCUGAUGAAGGUUACUCUGUCCUUCACAAUAAGACAUUUACACACAUCAUCUCCUCCUCCUCCUCCUCCUCCUCCUCCUCCUCCUCCUCCUCCUCUGGUAGAGUAGCAGUGUAUGUGGACUGUCCUGCUGGCUCUCUGUCCUUCUACAGAGUCUCCUCUGACUCACUGAUCCACCUCCACACCUUCAGCACCACAUUUACUGAACCUCUUUAUCCUGGGUUUGGGUUUGGGUUCUGGUCCGGUUCUGGUUCCUCAGUGUCUUUGUGUCCUCUUCAAGACGGAGAGUCUCCUCCUGGUGGAGAACCUUCCUCUCUGCUCACCACAUAGUUCAGUCUGUACAGCUGAUGGAGGUCCAUGUGGGUGUAGGUGCAGGUGGAGCAGGUGAGGGGUACCUGAGCUGGUCUGGACUCUGGGGGUCCACAGCUCUCUGGGACUUGUGCUGUUGCAGAUGAACGUGUGAAAGAGCUCAGCGAGGUGUGUUUUAAUGUCUCUGUGCUCGAUGCCUCUGUGGAUGAAUCAAUAAUCAUCAUUUAGAUGUUGGCUCCUAAUUACAGUUUAAUCUUGAUCUUUAUGUGUCAC